AUGUUGCCAUCACAACUACGCUUGGCGGCCCCUAAAGCCAUAUCAGCUUUCCAAGCCGACGGUGAAGAUAUUCCUUCCAGUCUGCACACAUCUCAUAUCUGGCUCAACUGGCUUAGGCGAUCACGUCCCAGAAUUACCCCAUCAUAUGUCAAGUCCAUUCAUCAUGGCGACAUUCCCCAUGAGGCUCAGGCAUUAUGGAUCAAGAAGGAGGACCGUUGGCCCCUUGGGCAUGCCAUCACAGUGGAAUUUCUUGAACGGCCAAAUUGCCGCGCCGACAGAGUGGUUCAUAUAGUCGCCCAGUGUGCUGAGCAAUGGGUCCGAGACGCAAACGUCAGUUUUCAAUUUCUUGCGACCACAGGAAAUAACCACGCCGUGAGAAAUUCUGACCUCCAGAUCACUUUUCAGCCUGGCAUCAGUUGGUCUGUCGUUGGAACCCAGGCGCUGAAGAUCCCAGGGAGAACUAUGAAUCUUGCCGUAGAGCCACGGCAUACGGACGAUCAGAUCCGUCGUAUGGCAUUACAUGAACUUGGGCACGCCCUUGGAUUCCGCCACGAGCACACCUCCCCAGCAUCUACCCUCAAGUUUGACAAGGAAAAAUGGAUGGCUUGUACCGGGCAAACAGAGAAACAUUUCAAUGUGAACUUCGAAAAGCGAAUUGAUGACCGGCCUCGCCUAGUUUCAAAAUUCGACCGGCAAUCCAUCAUGAUCUACGAAAUCCCCCAGGAGUGUGAGUGGAACGUGGACAGAGUUCACAUCCCUUUGACCAAUCGUCUGUCCGUCAUAGACCAGGCAGUUGUCAAAAUUGCAUAUCCCUUCGAAGCAACCAGCCGUCAACUUGUCAACGACCAGUGGCACUGUCAUAAAGGGACCUGUAAGCCGGGAAGGGUUCAAUGUGAUCUUUGCAAGCACAUUUCAGAGCUCUCUCCUUUGGGAGAAUAG